GACAGGGAGAGGAUACUUCGAGGGACUCUCCUCUUAGUGUGCUCCAUUGCUCCACCAAACCUCUCUCUCUGCAUCCCCUUUUCUCUGUGAAUCUUUCUCUUUUAGAGGAAACAAAAACAGCUAUGGCGUCUAGACAAAGUAUAGGUGGAUCAGGUGUAUCCUCUUUUUCACAGCGACUCUCAGUUGGUGGUGCAGGUCCCCGCAUAGGUUCCUCACAAUCUCUUGUGCUGUCCCGUGGAUCCAGGAUCUCAAGUGUUGGCGGCGGCCGCAGUGGUGGUGCUGGUGGUAUGAGUUUCAGCAAAACUAUUUCCUUUGGUGGUUAUGGUCUAGGUGGUGCAGCUGGAGGCAGGGGUGGAGGCUUUACACAAAGUGUAGUAGGAGGUUAUGGAGGAGGAGGUUAUGGAGGAGGAGGUUUUGGAGGAGGAGGUUAUGGAGGAGGAGGUUAUGGAGGAGGAGGUUAUGGAGGAGGAGGUUUUGGAGGAGGAGGUUUUGGAGGAGGAGGUUAUGGAGGUAUCGGAGGAGGAGGAGGUAUGGGAGGAGGAGGUUUGGGAAUGCCCAUCGAAAAAGUAACGUUCAACCAGGGCCUACUGGCCCCGGUAAAUGUGCAAAUCGACCCCAACAUCCAGAAUGUCAAAAUCCAGGAGAAAGAGCAGAUUAAGAAUCUCAACAACCGCUUCGCCAGUUUCAUUGACCAAGUCCGCUUCCUGGAGCAGCAGAACAAAAUGCUGGAGACCAAGUGGAGCCUGCUGCAGGACCAGACCACCACCCGCUCCAACAUGGAUGCCAUGUUCGAGGCCUACAUCAGUAACCUCCGCAGACAGCUGGACGGGCUUGGCAAUGAAAAGGUCAAGCUGGAGGGAGAGCUGAGGAACAUGCAGGGAUUGGUGGAGGACUUCAAGAAGAAGUAUGAAGAUGAAAUCAACAAGCGUGCUGCUGCGGAGAAUGAGUUUGUGCUCCUGAAAAAGGAUGUAGAUGCAGCCUACAUGAACAAGAUUGAGCUGGAGGCCAAAGUUGAUGCCCUCCAGGAUGAGAUUAACUUCCUCAGAACUGUCUAUGACGCGGAACUGAGUGAGCUCCAGGGACAGAUCAAGGACACCUCAGUCAUUCUGCAGAUAAAUGACAACCGAACACUGGAUAUGGACGCCAUUAUAGCUGACGUCAGGGCUCAGUACCAGGAGAUGGCUGAACGCAGCCGUGCUGAAGCAGAAUCAUGGUAUACGCAGAAGUAUGAGGCCUUGCAAGCCAGCGUAGGUCAGACCGGAGAAGACGUUCGCAACACCAAGAGUGAGAUUGCUGAGCUCAACCGCAUGAUCAGCCGCCUCCAGAGCGAGAUUGAGGCGGUCAAGGCACAGCGUGCAAAGCUGGAGGCCCAGAUCGCAGAGGCUGAGGAGCGCGGCGAGCUGGCUGUAAAAGACGCCAAGUGCCGCAUUAGAGACCUGGAAGAAGCCCUGCAGAAGGCCAAACAGGACAUGGCACGCCAGGUCCGCGAGUACCAAGAGCUCAUGAACGUCAAGCUGGCUCUGGACAUUGAGAUUGCCACCUACAAGAAGCUUCUGGAAGGAGAGGAAAUGAGAAUUGACUCCGGCGGUCCAGAAGCAACAGUUCACAUCCAGACCCAAACCACCAGCUACGGUGCUGGUGGAAUGGGCGGAGGCGGCAUUGGCGGCAUCGGCUUGGGCGGCGGCAGUUACAGCGGCGGCGGCUACAGCAGUGGCGGCGGUGGCUUCAGCGGUGGCUUCAGCGGUGGCUUCAGCAGCGGCGGCGGCGGCUUCAGCAGCGGCGGCUUCAGCAGCGGCGGCGGCGGCGGCUUCAGCGGCAUAAGCAGUGGCAGCAUGCGCGGAGGCGGCACCAUGGUCUACUCAAAAACAAGCCAAAUGUCCACCUCCUCCUCUCGCUAUUAAAAACAACACCUGCCUUUCUCUCCGUUUUCCUUCCUCCCUCAUUUUGUUCUCCUCCUCUCGUCCCUCCCCUCUGCCUGACAACCUCUAAAAGCUUCAAUAAACUCCACCACCUCUCUCCCUGGAGCCACACCUACAGAGAGUCAGAGAUUACAUCAAAAUACAAUCAGAGGCAGUGAAGUUACUCGAUCAGAAACAAAGAGCAGCAGAGCGAUGAGUCAGUCCUCUCUUCCUUUGAUCAGUCAGCCUGGCUGUCUUUUGGUUGCUGGAUCUGCUGCCAUGCAGACAAGAAGAUCGCCUGCUUGUAGUGUCAUGACGGAGAGUCCUUACAACAAUCGCUGCACACAAAACGCCGACAGCAGUUUGCUCAGAAGGAGGUGCGAGCGUUGGGGUUGGUUUUGAGUUGAUAAAGCAAACACGACGUAACUCCUCCUCUCUGCUGUGUCUUCUUCUGUUGUGUCGUUUUGUCGUGCAUUCAUCAAAAGCAGCCACAUGUAACACUGUGUGAUUUUUGGGAUCCUCUUUUUUCUUCUCUUGUUCUGAGAGAAAAUGGUGUUUUGAUCCUGCUUCACUUCAUUUCCACUCUGAAUAAACAAUAAACCGGGACAAUCAGAUUUAUCUUGAUUUGUACCACCAGAACAUCUGGAAUAAAUCUGAUUUCAUACCA